AUGAUAAGGAUGAAGUGGCCAUGUGUGUUCCUGGUUCUCAUCGCUCUGGGCGGCCGGUGCUUCCGAUGUGUCACCGGUGACGUUGUGGCCUCUGACGAACACACAGACAUUGGCCAUGAUGAGGACGUGCACCCCCACUCCCUCCGAGACACAAACAGGGAUGUCCCAGACACGAGUAUUGAAACAAACUGGGACGUACUGGACAUUAACCAGGACGACUAUGAGGACGCAGACUGGCAUCCUCCGACCUCUCUGCAGGACACACGUCCCGUUCUGUCCCCUGAAGACACACCAGUGAUUCCCAACAACACCGACCAGAUCAUUGCUACUUCUUCACCUCAGUGCGGCGAGUACAGCAGCCAGCUGAUGUCUAACGGCGAGUGCCGGCUGAGGGCAACGCUGCCCCCUGUGGGGACAUCGCAGGAGCGCUGCCCGGAUAUGUUCCGCUGUACAGAGGACGUCUCCUACUGGCUGGACGAGAACCAGGACAGAAAGGACAAGCUGGAGGAGCUGAGGGAGACGAUGUCGGAGCUGCAGGUGGAGCUGAGGAGCCACCGGCGUAAAGUCAAAGCCCUGGAGGUGCAGGAGGAACAAAGUGCGACUCUGAACUCAACCGUUGAGCAGCGGCUUCGUUCUCUGGAGCAGCGUCACGCUGCGGUCCACCCGCUGGUCCACGUGCACGCGGUGCUGCUGGACGAGCUGCAGGCUCAGCUCCGCAACCUGUCGGCCGCCGUGAGGCGCGUGGGCCGCAGCACAGGCUGCAAGGUCAAGGUUGUGAGAACCACCCCCCCGCGCGGCCUGCGAGACACACUGCCACCAGGUGGACAGCUCCCGUCUUUCUGUCCUUCAGAUUGUGCGUCUCUGUAUCACAACGGUGUUCGUCGUUCUGGUGUUUACUCCAUCGUCCUGUCGCCCGGCGCCAACCUGCCGGUCUACUGCGACAUGGAGACAGAAGGUGGAGGCUGGACAGUGUUUCAGCGAAGGUGUGACGGCUCGGUCAGUUUUAACCGCGGCUGGUCAGAGUACCGUGAAGGCUUCGGUGAUCCUCGAGGAGAACACUGGCUGGGGAACCAGCAGCUCCAUCUUCUGUCCAAUCAGGAUCAGUACAGCCUCCGCGUCGACCUGCAGGACUGGAGCCACGCCCAGAGACACGCCCUCUACCACAGCUUCAGGACUGAGAACGAGGAGAACCGGUACCGCCUCCACGUGUCUGGUUUCAGUGGGACGGCAGAGGACUCGUUCGGGUGGUACCACGACCUCCAGGGUUUCAGCACACCGGACACGGGCAACAUCUGCGCUGAGAUCAGUCACUCGGGCUGGUGGUUCCGCCAAUGUUUCUACGCCAACCUCAACGGGGUCUACUACCAGGGGGGGCGCUACACUCUGAAAGCCCUGAACCUGCUGGGGCCGGACGGCAUCGUGUGGUUCUCCUGGAAGGAUUCAGACUUCUAUUCUCUGAAGGCCGUCGCCAUGAUGAUUCGUCCAAGCACCUUCAGGCCGCCCCCCCCCUCGACAAAGUGA